AGCAAACCUCGGUCAACACGCGGUGGUGUCAUGUUUUCUCUACGCGCGGAAUCACAACACCAUGAAGGCUCGAUAGUACCGACACUCCUUUCUGCUUGCUUCCAAGUCUCCCUUGAGCGUCUACCCUAAUACCUACUUUCUCAAAAUGGAGGACUCGCAUCCGGACUCCACUACCAUCCCUUCCUCGAUCAGCGCAAACCAUCCCACUCCACACCCCGAUGCCAAACCUCCACCCACACCACCGUCGCGAUUGACAGCAGUACAAAAGCUGCGUUUCCUCCUCCUAAGAUACCUCGCCAGAACAGCUGGCACCGCAGACCGCACGCUCGUCCGCCUCUCCAAACUCCUCUCCACACCCAGCGGCACCGACGUCCUCCUCUGCACAACAUCCUACACCCUAACCCUCAUUCAUGCUAUCCUCUCCCGCGUUCUCGAACGCCGCCUCGCGUCCAUAGCCACCGAAAUCGCCGAGAAAGCAGAGGGCGUCUUACUCCCCGGCGAAACGCUCAUAGCCACCCUCCCAGCGCCCACGAGUACAAAAGUCAUCGCACAAGUAGUUGGAAGUUCGAAAGCGCUUGCGGCUGUCAUAUCCGAUUUCCGCAUCUUUGUAAGAUUAUGGGGGGUGUUGGGCUUGUAUACGUGGGCGCGGGACACAUAUCAAGACCGGUUGCCAGAAGAUGCAAGUAGGAAAGAGAAGAUAUUAAGAGGCCUGACGUGGACGGCUAUCAUGUCUUGUGUUGGUUUCCAGGUCUUGGAGAAUGGCGCGUAUUUGAGCUCAAAGGGUGCGUUGACGACGGCAAGCUGGACGGGCGAUGUGGGUAAAGCACGGGAAAAUGCGUGGUGGUUGUGGAGUUCGAGAUUCUGGGCUGCGUAUGUGGGUGUUGAGCUUGUGCGUUUGGGUGUUCAGCAUUAUUACGCUUCGCCGUCUUCGUCAAUAUCGGCGAACACGGGCGAUGGAGAGAAGGAAGAUAAGAUCCAGAGGGAAGAGCGGAUUAAGGCUAGGAAAUUGGAAAACUGGCUUUGGUGGAAGGAUUUUGCGUCUAAUCUGGCAUAUGCGCCCAUGACUGUUCAUUGGUCAUUGGAGCAAGGGUUGCUGAGUGAUUGGGGUGUCGGUGCUUGUGGUAUGGUCGCUGGUGGGGCACUGUUGGCUGACGCGUGGAGGAAGACUGCGUGAGCAUUUGGCAGGCUCCAUCAAGUGGGAUAGCACCGCAUUGUAUUCCUCAAACUCACACAUUUCCUACCGCGAAUCAUCACGUGGCCAGUCAAGUACAGUUGGGUUAAAAGGUUCGAUUGUUCUAGGUACGCUUCCGUCUCGUGUUGAACAGACAGCCAAACGUACAGAAUCAAACCUACAAAGAGCGGAGCGAGAUACAUCGGAAAAGAAGAAGAA